AUGUGGGAGACCCCCGUCUUUUACAACCUGCCUUUUCUUUGCCAGGUGCUCCUGUUGCUCCUUCUGCCUGGACAACAAGGCAAAAUGAAAUCAACCACAAUAACUACACCGCCCCCUACAACAACUCCUGAUUGCUGCAGAAAACCUGUCAAGGAGAACAUUGUUGUUGCACUAUGCUCUGUAGUCAUUGAUGCAAAUGCCACACAGGUUAAGAGAAGAUGGGAUACAAGAGCGCAGGAUCUGGGCUGCGGCAACACUACUGAUCUUUGCCAUGAUGACCAAUCCAAUGUUUCUGUGGUUACAGUCUUUCCUCCAUUGCCUAAUUGCACUAUCUUCAUGUGCACAGAACCAAGUGCUAUAAAGAAGCUAACUUUUGGGACUCAGACCAACAGUUCCAUCAUUCUUCACUGGCAAACUACACUUGAUUGUUGCCACAUGGCCACCAGCAGCAGCCAUACAAUAGUAGUGGAUGGCACCUGGAGGAAUGGGACAACACACAUCUCAGGGCUGUUACCUGGACAAGACUAUGAUAUGACUGUAUACAGAACUCUGGAUGAAAGGUGUAGCCAAGGGUACCCCAUCAACAUGACCACCAUGCCUUCUCCAGUUCCAGAAGUCAUGAUACUGAGUCAAACAGUGGAUUCUCUGGAGAUUGGAUGGACCCAGCCUGAGGACCCUCACGUUGCCAACUAUAGCUACAGGAUUUGUCUCUCCAACUGCACAACUCCCUCCCAAAACCCACACAUUGUGAAGGACCUGGAAGCAGGAGUUACGUACAGAGUUGUGGUGUAUGCCGUCACCAAGAACAACAUCAACAGCACGGGAAAGGCCAUAAACGCCACCACAGUUCCAAACAGCCCAAGGAAGAUACAUGUGAAAAGAUGCAGCAACAACAGCUUUUCCAUUUCCUGGAAUGCUUCAAAAGACAAAAAUGCAGAACUCUAUAAGUAUUGUCUGAGCUGGUUCCCUGAAAACAAUCCAGAUCUACUGAGGGAGAAGUGUGGAGUGACAGGCUCCAGUUACACCAUUGACCAACUCCAACCAGGGCUCCUGUACUCAGUGAAUGUGUCCUCCAUUAUCCAUGAUCUGAAGAGUAAAGAAAUGACAGAAAGGUUCUUGACACUAUUUCUUUUAAUAUCUUUCUUUCAGCCCCCUGCCCCCCCAACUCAUUUCAGCAUCAAAAUGAUUAACCAGACAGUGGCUGAGUUCACCUGGGAGACUCCAAGCUCACCUUUCAGUAGCUACCAGCUUAAGUGGAAGAGUUGGGCCAACUCCAAAGAAAACCAAACCAGUCUCCAAAACAGUUCCACAGACGCCGUGUUGAGCGGGCUCACUCCAAAUACCAACUACACUUUCACACUCUUAAGCCUGACAAAAGGGGAAAACCUGACAGCAUGCAGCACUGAAGUCCAGCAACAUGGAGCCACAAAGCCAGAACAAAUAACUGACAUGAAGUGCUUGGCCGUGCCAGGGGGCCAGGAACUAAAGUUAUCCUGGAAAUGUCCCACACAUGAGGUCAGUAAAUUAGUCAUCCUCGUGUCGAAUCAGACUUGGAAAACAUGGUGGACAUGCAAGGAGUCAACAGUGGUUGGACACCUGCAACCGGCCAGGAGAUAUCAGAUACAAGUGAGAACUUACUGGUAUGACCACUAUGUGAUGUCUGACCUUAAGGAAUGUUCCACUGACAGUACAGGCAUCAUCGUAGGAUCUCUGGUUGCUGUGCUGCUCCUCUUAGUCAUCCUCAGCUUGCUGCUGCUCUAUUUCAGGAGAUGGAGGAAGUGCAGUAAUGGCCUGGAGAAACCAAAACCAGAUGUUGGACUGCCUGAAGUUCUUGCCUCAGUGCCUGUCGCAGCUUUCCCAUGUUACUGCAGUGAGCACCUUUCCAACAGUGCCUUUGGUUUUGCCAAGGAAUAUCAGCAGCUGCAGGACAUAGGAACCGGGCAGUCUCAGAGUGUGGCAGAGCGGCCUGAGAAUCAAGCCAAGAAUCGCUAUAGCAACGUCCUGCCAUAUGAUCAUGCCCGGGUCCCGCUCAUCCCCAAACCUGGAGACCCCAACUCUGAUUAUAUCAAUGCUAGCUAUAUGCCUGGCUUUAAGAGGGAAAAGGAGUUCAUUGCAGCACAAGGGCCACUCCGUGAGACACUGUAUGACUUCUGGCGCAUGAUAUGGGAGCAACGGAGCACAACCUUGAUCAUGCUCACCAACUGCAUUGAGAAUGGACGGGUGAAAUGUGAACGCUAUUGGCCUCUGGAUUACACACCGUGCACCUAUGAAGAUAUUAGUGUCUCCGUUGUUACAGAAACCAUCCUUCCCGAUUGGACUGUCCGGGACUUCAGCAUCAAACGGAUGAAUGAAUCUGAGGUCCGUCUCGCCAAGCAUUACCAUUACACCUCAUGGCCAGAUCACGGGGUGCCUCACACCACAAAUGCUGUCCUUCACUUCCGAGACCUUGUGAGAGGGCACAUGGAGGAACAUGAAGGCAGUGGGCCAGCUCUGGUUCACUGCAGUGCUGGUGUGGGCCGGACAGGGACGUUCAUUGCCUUGGAUUCGAUGUUGCGCCAAGCCCAAGAGGAGGGGCAAAUGGGUGUCUUCUCAUUUGUCCAAAGGCUCAGGAUGAACCGUCCACUCAUGAUUCAGACUGAGUCCCAAUACAUCUUCUUGCACCAGUGCCUCCUGGAAGGAAUCAAACCUGCUGUUAAGAAUGGCACAGAGAAGAUGGAGUAUACUGCUGUCUAUGAAAACACCUUAGCUCUGCAGGAGUAUGAAGUAUCUCGUGUGUGA